CGUUAGGGCAGUUCUUAAGAAGAGUCUCGACUUGGGACUAUAUAUAGAAGAGAAGUGCCCAACUAAGCAAGUUUAGGGCGUAACAGAAGAAACGAAGCCGGAGAAGAGGGCAGUUCUACAGGAGGACCUAAAAGGAGUAGAAAUGGAUCGGUACCAGAGAGUGGAGAAACCCAGAGCAGAUACACCCAUAAGUGAGAAUGAGAUACGGAUAACUACUCAAGGGAGAAUGCGCAACUAUAUCACUUACGCCACUGGUUUGCUUCAGGAAAAAGGCUCUGAUGAGAUUGUCUUUAAAGCAAUGGGCAGAGCAAUCAACAAGACCAUAAUGAUUGUGGAGUUGAUCAAGAGGAGGAUUGCUGGUCUUCACCAGAUAACAUCAAUUGGAUCUACUGACAUUACUGAUACAUGGGAGCCCCUAGAGGAAGGCCUUCUUCCUCUGGAAACGACAAGGCAUGUGUCAAUGAUUACAAUUACUCUGUCAAAGAAGGACCUUGAUGCAUCCUCGAUCGGGUACCAGUCUCCAUUGCCAGCUGAUCAGGUUAAACCUUGGACAGAGUUUGAUUAUGAAGGAGACGGGUCACCUCGUGCUUCUGGCAGGGGUCGGGGACCUCGUGGUGGUCGCGGUAGGGGAAGGGGUGGAAGAGGGAAUGGCUUUGUGUCUGGUGAUGAUUAUGGAGAAGGUGGUGGUUGGGACAGGGGUCGCAGCUUCCCCCGGGGUGGUUGGGGUCGUGGGUUCCGUGGCCGUGGAAGGGGUGGGUACAACGGUCCUAGAGAAGAGACCGAGCAAGAUGGUGGAGGAUAUAACAAUGAAGCACCUCAAGGCCGAGGACGUGGUCGUGGGCGAGGAGGCCGGGGAAGGGGUUGUGGCUUUAGAUCAAAUGGUCUGUCCCAUAUUGCUGCUGAUGCUGCUGUUGAAAGCGCAUAAUUGGCCCAUCCUCUUUAGAUUGCAACGCCAAUUUGGAUGUUAAUGAAGUGUUUUGAAUGGCUGCUCAUCUUUUGCUACAUGUUUAGGCUCUUUUUAUCUUCCUAGAAUAUGUAUAUCGACCCUGAACCAUAUUGCUGCUGAUGCUGCUGUUGAAAGCGCAUAAUUGGCCCAUCCUCUUUAGAUUGCAACGCCAAUUUGGAUGUUAAUGAAGUGUUUUGAAUGGCUGCUCAUCUUUUGCUACAUGUUUAGGCUCUUUUUAUCUUCCUAGAAUAUGUAUAUCGACCCUGAACCAACGAUAUGUAAUGCGGCGGCUGAAAGUUUCUUGCAGUGCCUCCCAAGUUUUUUCCCGAAUUUCCCUUGGUAGAAUAUAGAUGAACAGUAGGUGCUACAAUUAACUAAAUGUAGAUUUCCCCCCUAACUCAGGCCUGAGCAGCACAUUCUUCAAUUUUUGUAAUUUUCUCCUAAAUCGAUGGUUCUCAGUGGUUGAUUAAUCUUUC